UUAGACCCUCUCUCUUCCAUUGCAAUCACAAAGCGAGCGACGAGCGUGAAUUGGGCUCACGUUCUCUCGUCUUCUUUAUCGUUGUGUUCUUCAUCUGGUGGUUCGUCAAAUCUGUGAUUCUGAAUCGCCUGAACAAUAGCUUCUCGCUUCUCUCUUUAUAGGUAAUAAGAGCACGACUGGAGACUGUGAGAGUUGUUUAGCUAUCUGAUCUCUUUUGAGUGUGAGGUCUUAGAUUCGUUUGAAACCCUCGUUCUGUUCGCUGAUCUGUCCGAGAAGAUGCCUUCGGUCCACGGCGCUCGAAUGACAACUUUCGAGGACUCUGAAAAGGAGAGCGAGUACGGAUACGUUCGGAAGGUAUCAGGACCAGUUGUCGUUGCAGAUGGAAUGGCAGGGGCUGCUAUGUAUGAACUGGUUCGUGUUGGACAUGACAACCUUAUCGGGGAAAUUAUUCGACUGGAAGGAGAUUCUGCCACAAUUCAAGUUUAUGAAGAAACAGCUGGGUUGACGGUGAAUGAUCCUGUUCUACGAACACACAAGCCUUUGUCAGUGGAAUUGGGUCCUGGAAUUCUGGGUAAUAUAUUCGAUGGUAUUCAGAGGCCUCUGAAGACCAUUGCAAAACUGUCAGGUGAUGUGUACAUUCCUCGUGGUGUAUCUGUCCCUGCACUUGACAAAGACACACUUUGGGAAUUCCAGCCUAAAAAAAUAGGUGAGGGAGACCUUGUAACAGGAGGAGACUUAUAUGCUACUGUCUUUGAGAACAGUUUGAUGCAGCACCAUGUUGCACUUCCACCAGAUUCUAUGGGAAAGAUAACCUACAUUGCACCUCCUGGUCAAUAUGCUUUGAAGGACACAGUUCUAGAGCUCGAGUUCCAAGGUGUGAAAAAGCAAUUUACCAUGCUUCAGACUUGGCCUGUACGAAGUCCAAGGCCAGUUGCAACAAAACUUGCUGCUGAUACUCCUCUUCUUACUGGCCAGCGUGUUCUUGAUGCCCUUUUCCCCUCAGUUCUUGGUGGGACAUGUGCCAUACCUGGUGCAUUUGGCUGUGGAAAAACAGUCAUCAGUCAAGCCCUUUCCAAGUACUCUAAUUCUGAUACUGUUGUUUAUGUUGGCUGUGGGGAAAGAGGGAAUGAAAUGGCAGAGGUUCUUAUGGAUUUUCCUCAAUUAACAAUGACACUACCUGAUGGACGUGAGGAGUCUGUCAUGAAACGUACCACACUUGUGGCAAACACUUCAAACAUGCCUGUGGCUGCUCGUGAGGCUUCAAUCUAUACAGGAAUCACUAUUGCUGAAUACUUUAGAGAUAUGGGCUACAAUGUUAGCAUGAUGGCAGAUUCAACAUCACGUUGGGCAGAAGCAUUGCGGGAAAUCUCAGGUCGACUGGCAGAGAUGCCUGCAGACAGUGGAUAUCCUGCUUAUCUGGCAGCACGUUUGGCUUCAUUCUAUGAACGUGCUGGUAAAGUGAAAUGUCUUGGUGGGCCAGAACGUACUGGUAGUGUCACCAUUGUUGGUGCUGUAUCUCCUCCAGGAGGAGACUUCUCGGAUCCUGUUACAUCUGCUACCCUCAGCAUUGUCCAGGUCUUCUGGGGUCUGGAUAAGAAACUUGCCCAGAGGAAACACUUCCCAUCUGUAAAUUGGCUCAUUUCCUACUCAAAGUAUUCAUCGGCACUAGAAUCCUUCUAUGAGCAAUUUGAUCCAGAUUUUAUUGACAUCAGGACAAAAGCUCGUGAGGUGCUGCAGAGAGAAGACGACCUCAAUGAAAUUGUUCAACUAGUUGGAAAGGAUGCUUUAGCUGAAACAGAUAAAAUCACCCUAGAGACUGCAAAGCUUUUGAGGGAGGAUUAUCUUGCCCAGAAUGCAUUUACUCCGUACGAUAAAUUCUGCCCUUUCUACAAGUCUGUUUGGAUGAUGCGCAACAUUAUCCAUUUCUAUAAUCUGGCCAACCAGGCAGUAGAGCGAGGAGCUGGUAUGGAUGGCCAGAAGAUCACUUACACCCUUAUCAAGCAUCGAUUAGGAGACCUGUUCUACCGCUUGGUGUCUCAGAAAUUUGAGGAUCCAGCUGAAGGGGAAGAAGCUCUGAAGGCCAAAUUCAAGAAGCUUUACGAGGACCUGACUGCCGGUUUCCGCAACCUCGAGGACGAAACUCGAUAAAGAAAUUUACAAUGGAUGGAGCAAUGGUGGUUGCGUGGGUGGUUACUGUAGGGGAGAGCCCAUAUUAAUAUACGGUUUGUGAGGUUAUAUUUAUUUUUGUAAAAUGAGUAAUCGUCGUCUUAGUGUAUGGCAGAGGAAUAAAGGGAGGGUUGCUUUUGAUUAUUUGUUUAUUUAGCAUUGAUCCAAUCCAAUAAUAAAUUACGCACUUGGGAGUUCAGCGCCCGAAUGUUCUAAUCUUUGAAUGUGUUUUGUACCAAAUGGUGGUACAAAGUUUGGAGAAUGUAAUUUCAGUUUUAUGAUUUGGAAAAUUUGUAGAAGUGAAUGGAAAUCAUUUCUAAUUUGAAGAA